AUGAACAUAGGUUCUAAUCUCCGAGCCUACCUCAAAUCUCCCUCAAACUCCAACUCCAGUUCUACAUUCGCCUCCAAUAUCUCGUGGCAGGUGACGUCGCCUCCCAUCCCCACAAUCCCAGAUGCAUCGGCUGCGUUCGUCGAAUGGCUCCAGGCCUACACGUUCUCUGACGACGAACCUAUCCUCUUCAUGGACUCCAAGAAGGAACUCUGGCAAUCGCUGAUGAACAAGUCCGCAACUGAGAAUACCUUCUUGAAAGCCAAGCUCAGCACGACCGAAUAUGAGCUUCAGCAUAUAGAGUACCUCCGAGCUCUGCUCGACGGAUUGCGCGGGGAGCUGAUCCAAGCGAAAGUUGCUGCAGAAGAGAAAGUCGGUCAACUCGAGUUGCAGAUCACGGUGUUGAAACAGUCUCUCGAGAAUGAGCGCACAUUGUCGAUGAACCUUCAUAAGCUCGAUCAACAGUUGCGGGAAAGCCCCAUGGUUCCACAACACAUCUACGAUGAACUCCUCGCCAACCACAAUAACCUGAUCGCCGCCUUCCAGGUUCAGGCUCGGGUAUUAGGUACAACAAAGGCUGAUAUGGCGAAGAUUCAGGGAGAAGUUGCCUUUCUCCGGGCACUGGCUGACGACUUGAACGUCGAUAUCGUCCCUCUCGACAAUCCCAUUCCUCAUUACGGACGUCUUCCCGGACCGCGUCGGGGAUCACCCGCUUCAAAGCCCGGAUACACCCUCGAUGCGGCCUUGAACGAUGGUGUUGACGAGGAUCACGCGUAUGUCUGGGCCGCGGCCGGAGUGGAGAACAUCUUCAUCCAUCUCUAUCACCCCGGAAAAUGGGCGGUUAUGGAGCGAAGGGAUGACCAUGAUGAAUUCAAAGUCUUCAUCUGGGAGGAGUCACACGCACUUUGGUACUGUGAGGACUACCAGAUAUUGGUCUACAUCAAGAAGGAAGUUCGCAAUGGCAAGCCUACGCUUGCGCUGUAUGCUCAGCACGGCAAACCUAAUCGACGGGUCCGAGGCGAUCUCGUCGAAGAGCUGGGCGGGCAAUGCAGCCGCUAUGGUCCGGGGUACGCUACGACUGUGUCGUACGCCACGCAGUUUAUAUGGGCAAUGGCGUACAAUCUGCACCCUGAGGCUGGCAAUGUGAACGCCGACGGUUGGGUGUUUGCCGGAGACCCGUUCCAAGAACCGGACUCGCCAGCAGUGCCAGAAGCGUAUGAUAGCCCUUCUGAGCAGGAGAGGGCUUUCCAAGGCUCCCCGUCUGGACCGACUCCGGCUGAGUAUGUCGGUCACUAUCGAACGAGUGGCAUGAAUGACGAUGAAUGGUUGUUCAUUGCCACUCCCGUGGAAUUGUCCCAAACGUGCGGCAAUGUCGAACCGACUGAAUCGACUCCGCACCAAGCUGCAUAUCAAGGUUACUACUUCGGGAGUGACAUGCAUAAUAAUCACAAUGAAUGGUUGUUCAUUGCCAGCCCCGUGGAAUUGCCUCAACCGUUCGAUAAUUCCGAACAGACUGACUUGAUUCCGGAUCAAGCUGCAUGUCCUGGUCACUAUUACAGACCUGACACGCAUGAUGAUGACAAUGAAUGGAUGUUCAUCGCGAAACCCUUGGAACUGCUUCAACCGUACGACACCCUCGGACAGAGAGGAGAAACUGCAGAGCCAGAUGCAUAUCUCGGUCAAUACCUGUCAGGCAAUAUCAAUGAUGCUGACGAUGAAUGGGAGUUCCGUUGCCCACCCAUCCCAUGCGAACGCUUCUAG